GGCAGUAGCUCCACAAAAAGCAUCAUAAAUAAUGCACCUAAAUUCAUAUUUAUAUUGAAGUAAUACUAAUUUCUAAAUAUUGUGUUUUCUCUGUCUUUAUAUCAAAAAAAAAAAAAAAAAAAUGGCAAUUGGUAACAAGAAAAAUCUUUUGGCCAUCUUUGCCAUUCUUGCAUUAUUAGUGCAACUAAUAUCCGCUGAAAGGACUUUGGAGGGAAAACUACAAUGUAGAGUUAUCGGGAAAGAGUGUGGACUAGUCCAUCAUUGUUGUAAUGGCGGCAAAUGUUCUGAUAAAGGAACAUGCAUAUAUGAUCCUAGCAGUAGUUGCAAGGGUGUAGGAGAAAGUUGUGGGCUGUUCGAUGACUCUUGCUGUGAUACAUUAGUGUGUUCAUCCACUUUUUCUCAAGGCAAAUGUGAGCUGCCAGAAGACAAGAUGCAGGAAAUUCCCCACAUUGUUAUGGGUCGUUUGUUCAACACUAUUUGAGCAUAUAUAUUAUGUUUAAUUUGUUGCUUUAAUUUUUGAAAAUUAAUUACAUGUUUUCUUCAUUAUGUUAAAAUGGUGUAUAAUUGGUCCUUGAUCAAAGUUUUGUUGAUUUUGUAAUAAUAAAAGGUUACUUCAUACUUUUA